AUGUCACCACACGCGGCGCAUGGCCGCGACCGAUUUCUCAAGCAGUCGAUCGGCUCGUUGCUCCCAAAGGUCCAUGAGUACGCUGACCCCCAGCAGAGUCGUGUAUUGCUCGUCGGCGCCGGGGGCAUUGGCUGCGAGCUGCUCAAGAACCUGCUGCUCUCUGGCUUCGGGACCAUCCACAUCAUCGACCUGGACACCAUCGACCUUUCGAACCUGAACCGGCAGUUCCUCUUUCGCCAUGAGCACAUCAAGAAACCCAAGGCUCUCGUCGCAAAGGAGGUCGCUCAGAAGUUCAGGCCUCAGUCUACCAUCGAGGCGUACCAUGCAAACAUCAAGGAGAGCCGGUUCAAUGUCGACUGGUUCAGCUCCUUUGACCUCGUCUUCAACGCCCUUGAUAACCUCGAUGCGAGGAGACAUGUCAACCGGAUGUGUCUGGCUGCAAACGUCCCUCUCGUAGAAAGUGGCACUACAGGAUACAAUGGUCAGGUCCAGGUCAUUAAGAAGGCGCGCACCGAAUGCUAUGACUGCACAAACAAGCCAGUGCCCAAGUCCUUUCCCGUCUGCACAAUAAGGAGUACGCCCAGCCAGCCUAUCCAUUGCAUCGUAUGGGCCAAGAGUUAUCUUUUCCCAGAGCUCUUUGGAACGAGUGAGGAUGACGUUGAGCUAGAUCAUUCUGAAGAUGCGGAUAAUGCGGGUGAGAUUGAAAACCUGCGACAGGAAGCUAAAGCUUUAAAGGAGAUCCGAAACUCCAUGCCCUCAGAGGAAUUCACAGAAAAGGUGUUUGAAAAGGUCUUCUACAAAGACAUUGCACGCCUCCAGACUAUUGAAGAGAUGUGGAAGUCUCGACCUGCGCCACAGCCACUCUCUUACGGCCCUCUUGUUGAAGAAUCGAAAGGAAUAGAUACAAGCAUUUGCUCUGAUGAUCAAAAGAUCUGGACAGUGGCCCAGAAUUUUGUCGUUUUCAGAGACAGCAUUUUGAGAUUGAAGAAGCGGCUCUUGGAUGCACAACCAGACGCAAUUGAUGGCGACAAGGCAAUUCUGUCAUUUGACAAAGAUGAUAUUGACACCCUCGACUUUGUGGCUGCGAGUUCAAACCUUCGUGCUGCGAUUUUCGGGCUAGAAGCCAAAUCUAAAUUUGACAUCAAACAAAUGGCGGGCAAUAUUAUCCCUGCCAUUGCAACUACGAAUGCAAUGACAGCCGCCUUGUGUGUUUUGCAGGCAUUCAAGGUUCUAAAGGAUGAGUAUGAAAACGCUAAGAUGGUAUUUCUCGAACGAUCUGGUGCUCGAGCUAUAAAUACCGAUAGCCUCAAGCCUCCAAACCCUGACUGCCCCGUUUGUGCAGUGGCUCAGAGAAAGAUCUUCAUUAAUCCAGAGAGUGCAACUCUCAAUGACCUCGUCGAAAGAAUCCUUCGCCUAGAAUUAGGUUACGGCGAGGAAUUCUCAAUCAGCAAUCAAAUAGGGACUAUAUACGACCCGGAUUUGGAAGACAAUCUUCCCAAAAAGCUGAGCGAACUUGGCGUCCAAAAGGACAGCUUUAUCACAGUCGUGGACGAAGAAGAUGAAAAUCCGCGUGUCAACCUGGAAAUACUUGUAUCGGAGCGCACUGAUGAUAAGUCUACCAUUUCUCUCGAGGCUUCUGACGUUGACAUCCCACGGAAACCAAAACCUGAUGAAGAGCUUCCUGCUGAAGCCCAGGAAAAUGGCGUAUCUAAACUCAAGCGAACAGCUGACGAAGCAGGACUCGAGGUUGCCGAAGGUCAACCUUCAAAAAAGAUAUCUAACGGCACAGAUAAUAACACCUCAACAAACCCCAUUCUUCUCGAGGACGACACAGGGACAAUACUCAUAGAUGCUGAUUAA